UGUUAAAUUCAUCAGUGUGUGUUAGUUGACAGCGGGAAGUACUCAUAUCGAAUGCGCGAACGAGCGUAAAAUACGUGACAAUCAAUUGAAGUUCCGAUAGUCAGUUGUUCAAUGGGUUUUUAAACUCGCGGUGGUUGUGUCCGUGAUGAUGUGACUGAAGAUGUAUAAGGACAAAGAACUGAGGGCUGUAAUUGCGUUGCGUGUUUAAUUAAUUCAACAGACCGGUUUUAUUGGUGUAGCGGACAGCGGCUACUGGAGACGUUGUUUACAAUGGCGUUUUCACUUAAUAAGUUGAAGAAUAUUUUGAACAAUAACAGGGAGGGUCAGUUAGCGGGUAGUGGAAGCUUGGAACCGGAGAUCGGGUUCAAGUUAGCGCUGCACCCGGUGGCCAAGAACUUGUUCGUGACCGUUAUCGGCGCGAGACACCUCCCCUCCUUGUUUGGACUGAGUCGCGCCCAUGGAUACCUCGUUAAGGUUAAGCUUUUUCCGGGGGACAGUAAGUUCGAAACAACAUUACAAGAAAGUUCGUGGCCAGUUUGGAAUGAAGACUUUAAAUUCCAAUUGAAACCGAAAGAUGCGAAGAAACCCACAGAAAAAGGUGACCUUCAGAGUUUGUUAGCCGGCCAUUUUUUGUCACUGACAAUUUACGCCAUAUUAGAGCCUCCCAAACAAGAGACAGACAGGCGGAAAAAUAGCAAAACAUUAGACGCGAAAAAGACUCCUAAGGUAUCAGACCAAGAGGAAACGAAACCUAAAUCAGGAUUUCUAGAAAAGACAUUCAGUAGUUUUAAGUCGACAAAAGCAGAAGCCAUAGCUCAGAAGUCACUUUUGGAAAAGAGAAGAACCGUGGGUGCUGCUACGUGGAACUUCGACUCAAAACUCUUUCAGAAUGAUCUCAAGAAUGGUUUGAUUGGUACUCCUGAUAUUUGGAGACCCAUCAAUGCUAUAACAAGUGGAUUGGUGGCGGCUGAUUCAAGGAGAGAGAACAAAAAGGGCCAGCUGGAGGUGACUCUCCUCUACACGGCCAGCGAGGAUGGCCUCAACGACAACGUCCAGCUGACCGUCAACCGGCUGAGGUGCAGCGUGCAGACCAUGCAGGAGCAGGAACAGUUCAAAGCGCCGUUGUACCUGAAGGCAACGAUAUUGGAGGCCAACAAAGCAGAGUGCUACUGGAAGAGCGACAGAUUCGCGCCCACAAUCUCCGCAAGAUGGGACCCGAAGUCAGCCACUGUGAAAUUGACGGUGUUCAAAGCGAGCCUCAACAAAGUCAGCAUAUACAUCAGUUUGGGAUGUAAAACAAAAAUGGCGAAGAAGGAAAUUCUCGGGAAAGCCACCAUUGACGAGAAGUCGGCCUACUCCGACACUUGGAGCGAGUGUUUGAGACAGCCAGGCAUUCCCAAAACUUUCUGGGUCAAUUUCGAAUGAAAGUUACUCGCACAAAUCAUCGGAACUUUCAGAUAGGGUUGAAUGAAACCACAGAACCGAUACGGAAAAUUACAGGGAAAUCGACAGGAACUUUUAAGAAGGUUAUUUUUGCUGAUUAUUUUUAGAAUUGAAUGGUUGAUUGGUUAGAUUUUAGAAAUCUGUGUUUAUAAACUGUUGAUUUCCUUGCAUACAAACAUAUACGUAGUCAUAAGUUAAUGUCACAACAUUAUUUAUGUUGUAAAUGUAUCUCUUGUUCCAAUCCAUUCACUGACUUGAUUAUAUUAUCUUUUUCCACAAUAGCACAUCGUUUUUUAGGCAGGAAGCCUUGUCAUGAUAGCAAAUGUCUUCGCAUAUUUAUUUAGAGGGUGUAAGGAACAGUGCCUCUAGAGAAUGAGUCAUGUCGAUUUUGUCGGAAUGGUGGCGCGGCGUCGCGAGUCGCAUACGUCGAUUGUUUUGUAUCCAAUGUAUUGUAAAUAUUGUAAUGUACCGAAGCACAAUAUAAAAUUUAAAGGGAAUGCUAUAUUAACUAGAAUAGAA